AUGGAUAAAGGCCGUCUCACAGGAUCAGGAUCAUAUGAUGAAUUAGUCCACAAACGUUUCGCGAGGGGAAUCUAUAAAGCGGCUCAUUCGUCUACGUUAAUAAAUGUCUCCUGCGCUAAGAUUCAUAAUUUGAACAUAGCGAACGCACCUUGUUUCAGAAUUUUUGAAGAUGAUGUGUCAGGGCCGGGAAGAACACGCGAUUCGAAGUUAGAUCUGAUGGCUGAAAAGAUCAAAAAUGAGUUGCAGAAGUUUGCGGUGCAGAACAGACAAGGAGAUAUAUUCUUUGGACUUGGUUGCCAUGGGAGAGGGAGCCAUGUCGUAUGUACCAUCCAAUUUGAGGAGAAGAAACCCCAAAAAAAGCCCAAGAAAAAAGCCAAGGAGGAAGAGAAGGAUACGAAGGGAGCAAUCCAGGGUCCAGCGCCUAGCACAACACAACACAGACAACCAGCUUCAGGUCCCGGUUCUUCCGUGCAGGGACCACCCGAAAGAUCAGGUGAAGGUUCCCUUGGCGACCAAGAAAAUCCCAAACUUCCAUCUGCUGUUUCCGAGAGAGAAAAUGGACAUAGCAGUUCCCUCGAGGAGGGACAAGUCAAACCGAGCUCACCUGACUGUUUGGAUAAGGGGGAACAUUCCGAACGCUGCCCACUUACUGAGGAAAGAUCAGGUCAUCAAUCCAACGCGACAGGUCAAGGAGGCCCUGAUUUGUCUCAAGUGGAAGAAGGCGGACCGGGUCCGGUUACCAUGGUCGAAGAAGGCCCGCACCCGCCUCGUGGAGAGGAAUCGGAAGACCAGGGCCUAGGACAAGUUUGA